AUGAACCGAUUUGAAAGAACUGUUGAGACCCGCCAAGCAGUCGCUCUGAUCGAGCAGCAGGCUGAAAUUGAGGCAGUAAAAAAAAUUUUUGAUGAACGUAGGAAUCGUCUCGAUGCGAUCCACCACCGCUUAUUGAUCGAGUAUCAAGAGGCUCGGCAGCAGGCUGAAGAUGAGGCAAUAAAAAAUGUCUUUAACUUGUGCAUGAAGCGUUUCAACAAGACCCGCCAAACCGCCGCUCCGGUUGAGUGUCAAGGACAACAACCCGGGGCUGAAGACCAGGAUGUCAAAACUGCGGACCCCGAGAAAGCCACACCGAUCGAGAGUAAAAGAACUCAGCACCGGGCUGAAGAUGAGGAUGCUGUGAAAAUCAUUUUUGAUGAGCGUAGGAAUCGUCUCAUUGAGACCCACCACAUAGCCGCUCCGGUCGAGCGUCAAGAAGCUCGGCAGCAGGCUGAAGAUGAGGCAAUAAAAAAUGUCUUUAACUUGUGCAUGAAGCGUUUCAACAAGACCCGCCAAACCGCCGCUCCGGUUGAGUGUCAAGGACAACAACCCGGGGCUGAAGACCAGGAUGUCAAAACUGCGGACCCCGAGAAAGCCACACCGAUCGAGAGUAAAAGAACUCAGCACCGGGCUGAAGAUGAGGAUGCUGUGAAAAUCAUUUUUGAUGAGCGUAGGAAUCGUCUCAUUGAGACCCACCACAUAGCCGCUCCGGUCGAGCGUCAAGAAGCUCGGCAGCAGGCUGAAGAUGAGGCAAUAAAAAAUGUCUUUAACUUGUGCAUGAAGCGUUUCAACAAGACCCGCCAAACUGCCGCUCCGGUUGAGUGUCAAGGACAACAACCCCGGGCUGAAGACCAGGGUGUCAAAACUGCGGGCCCCGAGAAAGUCACUCCGAUCGAGAGUAAAAGAACUCGGCACCGGGCUGAAGAUGAGGAUGCUGUGAAAAUCAUUUUUGAUGAGCGUAGGAAUCGUCUCAUUGAGACCCACCACAUAGCCGCUCAGGUCGAGCGUCAAGAAGCUCGGCAGCAGGCUGAAGAUGAGGCAAUAAAAAAUGUCUUUAACUUGUGCAUGAAGCGUUUCAACAAGACCCGCCAAACAGCUGCUCCGGUUAAGUGUCAAGGACAACAGCCCAGGGCUAAAGAUGAUGCAGUACAAACAGCCGGUCUGGUAGGGCAUCAAGGAGUUGACAAAAAUAAUAAUACCCAAACUCAGCAGAUGGUGUGGAAACACAUAAGAGUGAUUGAAAAUUUGGACAAUGUCCAUCAAAUGUCGACAAUUGGCGAGGGGGCGAACGGUUUGGUAAAGCUGAUCUAG